AUCACAAAACAUGGUGAUUUUCAAUGGAACCUAGUCUGUACUAAAAGUUAGUGUAGCCGACUAGGUUUCAGGGAUAUUUCUAUAAUGAAGAGGUUAUGAUGUUUCUUGUUUACAAAUGUCAAAACUCCCCUUUGUAGGAAUCCUAUAUAGGCGCCAGCAACUUUGAAGCUGAAACAGUUCUGUUCAUACAAAUGGGGCCUCUCCUGAGUUCAGAGUCUUUUUUGUUGUUUUAAGUACUUUUACAUACACAAUUAUGCCCACAGGUAACAGGAAACCAGCGUUUCAAAAGAAAGCUUGAUCAUAUUGCUAGAUAACACAGGUAUCCUAAGCAAGUGCGUGAGCACCCGGAGGCUUUAUGCUGCUUCCACAAGUACAUAUUUUUUUGAUUGGUAAGAACUGCCAGGUGACGCUUCAUGAAAUAUAAAUGCCAGAAAGGCACAGAGAGCUCAAGGCAAGCCUUCCGCCUGUCCGUCUAGGAGGAUAAGAACAGGAACCUGUUCCCAGCUGCAGGAGAUGGCGUUCACAGUUCCAGUAUCAGUCUAUCUCCUAUUCCACGCAAUGACAGCCCUGACUGAAGAGGCAGCCGGGACCAUAACACCCACCAUCACAACCCAGCAAAGUAACUGGACAGUUAAUAAAACAGAAGCUGUUCUAGGUAGUUCACGUAAGAGGAAGGGGUAUUCUUGCUUCCUCUUCUGGCAAAUGAAGAGACAUCAGGGAAAGCCUUGUCAAGAUAGCUCCCUAAGACCAGAGUCAAUGCUGCCACCUCUUGGCAAACUUGAAUCUAUACUUGAUGUCAUUUCUAAAGCUGCCUACACAGAAGGACACAUAGCCUUGAGGUUCUCACACCCUUGCCUGGAAGACCACAAUAGUUACUGCAUCAACGGUGUUUGUGCAUUCCACCAUGAGCUGGAGAAAGCCAUCUGCAGGUGUUUUACUGGUUAUACUGGAGAGAGGUGUGAGCAUUUGACCUUAACUUCAUAUGCUAUGGAUUCUUAUGAAAAAUACAUCGCAAUUGGGAUUGGUGUUGGAUUAUUAUUAAGUGGAUUUCUUGCUAUUUUUUAUUGCUACAUAAGAAAAAGGUGUCUAAAUCUGAAAUCGCCUUACAACGUCUGUUCCGGAGGAAGACCACUAUGAAGUCUUGUAAGGAAUUUUCAUGAAGCAUUUGUAAAAAUCAGUGGGCCCAAAAUUGAAAUCUUCGAAUGAAAUAGCAAAACUUCCCAGGCUGACUAGACUUGAAAAUAAUGGAAGUUGGGAUCCUGAUGGAAAGAGAGAAUAAACGGGGCAACGUUGGUGUUUCGAGUUUGCCAUCGUUAGGGUGCCAUGGGAGCCAUGUGAACGAACUGCACUGACAGAUGUCAAGCUCACAGUCCUACUCUGGGUUCGUUGCUGGUGUUAUGUGGUUAUAGAUCUCACUGCAGAGAGACUGAGUUUCAUGAUUCUAACCACGUCAGAUGUGAAUUUUCAUGGGAUAAUUAUCAACCUUGCACAAGCCAGGGCACUGUGAAGCCUGGGUUCCUCACGUGCUUGCUAUCAGUAUUUUGGACCCCUGCUCUAUGGACCUAAUCUCAAGCAUGCUGCUGUCAUGGUGUCUAAACAAAUGUGAUGUCAACUAUUUGGAUGAGAUCAGUGUAAUGGCACCUUCAAUGAACCAAACGUGCCUGAAGUCUAAGCCAGAGAAAAAGAAGGUGGAAUGUUCAAGGCACAUUUAAAUCAGACCCAGCUUGUGACAACACUGUGUAGCCUUUAUCUGUGAAAUAUGGAAUAAGCUAAAGAGUUUCUGAUGACUGAAAGCUAUCUGGAUAUUGAGCCCUGAACAGAAAAAACAUUUCUGUUUCUGCGUGGAUUAUAAAAUUUUGUCUUGGACUCAUUGGUCCCCUAAUGCUUAUGUUCAUCACUUCCUUUUAUUGUUAACGGAACUACCUGGUGACUUAUCCAUUUGCACCAAAAUUCUAGAAUUCUACCAAUAAAUAAAAUUCCAUAAUGGACCCUGAAAUAGAAAUUGAAGAAUUG